UUAUGUGCAGUUACUUCAUUUUUAAAUUUUUUUUCAUUGAAAAUAUUUGAUUAUUCUGCUAACCUUUGCACUGUCUUUUUUUUUCCUCCUGAAAAAUAUUCGAGGGGCGGCCCGGUGGCGUAGUGGUUAAGUGUGUGCGCUCCACUUCGGUGGCCUGGGGUUCGCAGGUUCGGAUCCCGGGCGCGCACUGCCGCACCGCUCGUCAAGCCAUGCUGUGGCAGCAUCUCAUAUAAUGUAGAGGAAGAUGGGCAUGGAUGUUAGCCCAGGGCCAAUCUUCCUCAACAAAAAGAGGAGGAUUGGCAACAGAUGUUGUUAGCUCAGGGCUAAUCUUCCUCACACACAAAAAUUGAAAAUUCAUUCUGUAUUUAAAAAGUUUGCUAAUAAACCCUGAGUCCUAACUUUGUGCAGAACAUUCUCAAAACUGGAGAUGGGGAUGGUGUAGAGAAAUACUAAACUCCUUUUUAGGUGUAUGUUAGAAUAUCUAGAAUAUGCUAGGGUAACAAACAACCUUAAUUCUUAGUGGCUUUAGUCAACAGAGGUUUAUUUCUUGCUCAUCCACACGUUCAUCGUGGGCUGGCUUGGGAGCUUUACUCCACAACAUCUACACCCAGGCCGAGGGAGACAAUCCCUGUCCUUCCACAAUUGCCAAGGCAGGAAAAAGAGAGCAUGGUAGAUUCUGCUCUGGCUCCUAAAGACUCUCCAGAAGUGGAGAGUCAGUUCUGUGUACGUUUCAUUGGCUUGGAAAGUCUCGUCGGGGCACCUUACUUCAAGGGGUCAGAGAGAACUGGAAAUGAAAUAUUUGGUGAAGAGCACUAAUAAACACCACGUAAACCAGACUCGUUGGGCCUGCGGUCAGUUCAUAGCAGUCGAGCCGUUGCCUUGGCUGGACGCACACAUGCGGCCCGCUGCCCCACUGUUGGCGCCCCGUGUCCCACCCCGCAGCGCGCCCCACCACAGGAUGGCCCACCAGCAGAUCUACUGCUCGGACAAGUACUUUGACGAGCACUGCCAGUACCGGCAUGUAAUGUUACCCAGAGAACUUUCCAAACAAGUACUCAAAACCCAUCUGAUGUCUGAAGGAGAUUGGAGGAGACUUGGUGUCCAGCAGGGUCUAGGCUGGGUUCAUUACAUGAUGCAUGAGCCAGAACCAUAUAUUCUUCUCUUUAGACGGCCUCUUACAAAAGAUCAGCAAAAAUGAAGUAUAUCUGGGCAUCGUCAAUUAAAUCUUUUUCACAUUUAAUAUAUAUGUGUAUAUAAAGUAGUAUUCACUGAAUACUUGAAAAAUGUACAAAUUGUUCAUCCGUACCUGUGCAUGAGCUGUAUUCUUCACAGCAGCGGAGCUCAGUUAAAUGCAACUGCAAGUAGGUUACUUACUGUAAGGUGUUUAAAUUUCUUCUAGUCAGUGUUUCUCUUAAUAUAAGUGCCUGUUUGACUUUACCUGUUAAUUUUGUUAAAUAAAGUUUGUAUGUUGCAUUUAAAAAAAA